CCUUACUUUCACAUUAACAAAUUAAUUUUUCUGUUUACCCUUGUGGAGCUGUCUCUGCUCUACCAUUGGAACCAUGCCGGAAGCCCCCCAAAACAUAUCCCCGGUCGUUAUUGAUGGUAGUCUUUCAGAAAAGAACAAGAAAGCACUUCAGUUCAUAGAAGAUGUCACCACUAACGCUGACCAAGUUCAGCACCGGGUCCUCGCUGAAAUCCUCUCUCGCAGCUCCCAUGUCGAGUACUUACAGCGUCACGGACUUAAUGGACGCACAGACCCAGAGAGCUUCAAGAAGCUCUUGCCCGUCGUUACUUACGAGGAUCUCCAGCCCGACAUCAACCGCAUCGCCAAUGGUGAUUCUUCCCCGAUUUUAUGCGUCAAACCAGUUUCUGAGUUCUUGACUAGCUCUGGAACAUCAGGAGGGGAGAGGAAACUGAUGCCCACAAUUGAAGAGGAGCUGGAGAGGAGAUCCUUGUUGUACAGCCUUCUGAUGCCGGUGAUGGACCAGUUCGUUCCUGGCUUGGAACAUGGCAAAGGAAUGUACUUCUUGUUCAUCAAAUCGGAGGCCAAGACACCCUGUGGGCUCGUCGCUCGUCCCGUACUUACCAGUUACUACAAGAGCUCACAUUUCAAAGAUAGGAGACCCUACGAUCCUUACAUCAACUACACCAGCCCCAAUGAGACAAUCCUCUGUCCUGAUUCUUACCAGAGCAUGUACUCCCAGCUGCUCUGCGGCCUCUGUCAACACAAGGAAGUUCUUCGAGUAGGAGCAGUUUUCGCUUCGGGCUUCAUUCGAGCCAUCCGGUUCUUAGAGAAGCACUGGACCCUUCUCUGUAACGAUAUCCGAAUUGGGACCUUGAAUCCCCAAAUUACUGACCCAUCUGUAAGAAACGCCGUCUCCAAGAUUCUCAAACCCGACCCCAAGCUUGCCGAUUUCAUCGAGACUGAAUGCAGCAGGGAGACAUGGCAGGGGAUCAUCACAAGGCUAUGGCCCAACACCAAGUACAUCGAUGUUAUAGUCACUGGGACCAUGUCUCAGUACAUCCCCACCCUCGAUUACUACAGCAACGAUCUCCCUCUCGUGUGUACCAUGUAUGCAUCUUCCGAGUGUUACUUCGGCCUCAAUCUCAGGCCUCUCUGCAAACCCAGCGAAGUCUCAUACACUCUCCUUCCCACCAUGGCCUACUUCGAAUUCCUCCCUGUCCACAAGAACAAUGGGGUCCCCAAUUCCAUCUCCCUACCCACAUCCCUCAACGACAAGGAGCAGCAGGAGUUGGUGGAUCUCGUUGACGUCAAGCUUGGCCAAGAAUACGAGCUCAUUGUCACCACUUACGCCGGGUUGUACCGGUACAGAGUUGGGGAUGUGCUUCGAGUGGCGGGAUUCAAGAACAAGGCACCCCAAUUCAAUUUCGUGUGCCGCAAGAACGUCGUUCUGAGCAUAGAUUCCGAUAAGACCGACGAGGUGGAGUUGCAGAACGCGAUCAAGAAUGCCAUCAACCAUCUGGUUCCCUUCGAUGCCUCUCUGGUCGAAUACUCAAGUUAUGCCGACACAUCCACCAUUCCAGGGCAUUACAUUCUAUACUGGGAGCUUCGGCUUGGUGGGUCGACCCCUGUUCCGCCUUCUGUCUUCGAGGAUUGCUGCCUCACGGUGGAAGAGUCGCUCAACAGUGUCUACCGCCAGGGCCGAGUCUCAGACAAGUCGAUUGGGCCCCUUGAGAUAAAGAUAGUCGAAGCAGGGACCUUCGACAAACUCAUGGACUAUGCUCUUAGCAUGGGUGCUUCCAUUAACCAGUACAAAACACCUAGAUGCGUGAAAUUUGCGCCCAUCGUCGAGCUCCUCAACUCCAGAGUUCUCUCCACCUACAUCAGUCCCAAAUGCCCGAAAUGGGUUCCAGGCCACAAGCAAUGGUCGACGCAGAACUGAAAUUGUUAAUUUCCACCAUGGGAAUUGGUAUUUGAACAAAGAAAAAACGGUGCAAUCUCUGUAAUCAUCUUGUAGGCUUAGAACCAAGGAAUUUCCCCCUUUUGAUCAA